AUGUCGUGGGGCGGCUUCAAAAAGUCCAUCAACCGCGCAGGUACCACCCUGAUGCAGAAGACUGGUCAGGUCGAACGAACAAUCGAUUCCGAAUUCAACUCUACCGAAGAGCAAUACCGCACCGUCGAGCGCGAGGUCCUCUCCUUGCAAAAAGAAGCCAAAGCCUACCUCGACGCCAUGCGAUCUCUCGCCUCCUCCCAAGCACGCAUUGCCGAAGCGGUGGAUGGAUUCUAUACCGACUCGUCCGACGCAGCCAUGUCCGCCAACGCCUACCGUCGCGCCGUCGACGAGCUCGACACAAAAACCGCCAAAGAAAUCGACGCCCCUUACCGCGCUACCGUCCUGGAACCCGUCGGAAAACUCGCCAGCUACUUCCCCGAAAUCAACAAGAUCCUCGAAAAACGUGCCAAGAAGCUGCUCGACUACGACGCCGCCCGCAGCAAACACCGCAAGCUCGUCGACAAACCCUCGGACGACCCCUCCAAACUCCCCCGCGCAGAAAAGGAACUCGACGACGCACGCAUCGUCUUCGAAACCCUCGACGACCAGAUCAAAACCGAGCUACCCCAGCUCGUCGACCUGCGCAUCCCGUAUCUCGACCCAAGCUUCGAGGCCAUGGUAAGGAUCCAGGCGAAAUUCGCAGAGGACGGGUACGAGAAGUUGGGCGGCGUUCAGAGGUUCUUCGCCGACGGCGUCAGGGAGCAGUACGCAGACGGCCAGUUGGAUAACCAGGUAGAGGCGGUGCUGCAGGAGAUGCGAGAGCUGUCCAUCUGCGGUGUUGGUCAGUAG